AUGGCGAAGAAGAAGAAGGCUGGUAUCUCCAUCCGCGCUUAUGCUGCAGCAUCUUCAGUGACAGCACGGCGCGAGACACAGACCCCUGAAGAGCGAGAGCAAGCCACCCUUCAGAAGGCUAUCGACAGUCGACCAAUUAAUACAAAACGGAAGUACGAGGGCUACCAAAAGGAGUUUGCAGAGUGGAGCCAAUCGAUGGGGUUUAGCGAUGGUGUUACGGUCACUGGUAACAAGCUUCAUCUCUUUUUGGACACCCAAGUCGUAGGCAGAGAGUCGAAGAAGAAGAAGGGGAAAGUCAUUGGCGCCUCAACGGUGUACGGCUACGUCAACGCUAUUGUAGACCUAUACAAUCAGCAGGUCGCCAACAAGAUGAACACUAACGAUCAUCCUCGCAUGUAUAAGGUGAAGCAACUGUUGUCGACUGUCCAGGCAGAAACUACGUCGACACGAAAGAAAAACUACACAGAUCGCGGCGUGGGAUCGCUGCUGGACGGCUAUCAGUCCGAGGCUCAAUUCACUCAGAUUUGUGAUACUUUUUUCGUUUUGGAUGAUCUCAUGGGGAGGGCUGCGUAUUUGGUAUCGCAUUUUGUCUUACUACGAGGCGAAAACAUUCGUGAUCUGGAGCUGGCUGAUAUGUUUUCCCAGGAACUUGACAAGGAGGGUUUCAGUCGUGCAUUGCGUUGGUCCUGCUAA